CUGAGGACAGGACGCCCCAGAACCGGGAGCCUUCCUUCAGGAGACAGGACCCUGGGCCCAGAGCAGCUGCCUCUUUGCUGCAGAGAUUUGGCAGGCCAGGUGACUGGGGUCGGGCGUGGGGGCACUCCAGAUCUGAGCAUUCCUCCCGGUGUCGACAGAGAAGGUCCACGUUAGAGCCCGACGCAGGUGACAGCCUUGCAGGGACCACAGGUUGGCAUGAUGCGUGUGUUUGUGAUUGGAGCUGGUGUCAUCGGGCUGUCCACCGCCCUCUGCAUCCAUGAGCGCUAUCGCUCGGUCCUACAGUCGCUGGAAGUGAUGGUCUAUGCAGACCGCUUCACGCCACUCACCACCACCGAUGUGGCUGCCGGCCUCUGGCAGCCCUACCUCUCGGAGCCCAGCAACCCACAGGAGGCGAACUGGAACCAGCAGACCUUCAACUAUCUCCUGAGCCUCAUCGGUUCUCCCAACGCCGCAAACAUGGGCCUGGCCCUGGUCUCAGGCUACAACCUCUUCCGUGAAGCUGUUCCGGACCCUUACUGGAAGGAUAUAGUUCUGGGAUUUAGGAAGCUGACUGUCAGAGAGCUGGACAUGUUUCCUGAUUACAGCUAUGGCUGGUUCAACACAAGCCUGAUUCUGGAGGGGAGGAAGUAUCUGCAGUGGCUGACUGAAAGGUUAACUGAGAGAGGAGUGAAAUUCUUCCUGCGGAAGGUGGAGUCUUUUGAGGAGGUGGCAAGAGAAGGCGCUGAUGUGAUUAUCAACUGCACUGGGGUAUGGGCUGGGGCGCUGCAACCAGAUCCCCUGCUACAGCCAGGCCGAGGGCAGAUCAUUAAGGUGGAUGCGCCAUGGUUGAAACACUUCAUUAUCACCCAUGACCCCGAGAGAGGCAUCUACAAGUCUCCAUACAUCAUUCCAGGGCUCCAGGCAACAACUCUUGGCGGCAUCUUCCAGCUGGGGAACUGGAGUGAGACAAACAAUAUCCCAGACCACAACACCAUUUGGGAAGGCUGCUGCAGACUGGAGCCCACACUGAAGGAUGCAAAACUUAUCGGUGAAUGGUCUGGCUUCCGGCCAGUACGCCCCCAGGUUCGACUAGAAAGAGAACAACUUUGCUUUGGAUCUUCAAACACAGAGGUCAUCCACAACUAUGGCCAUGGAGGCUUUGGGCUCACCAUCCACUGGGGCUGUGCCCAAGAGGUGGCCAAGCUCUUUGGGAAAGUUCUGGAAGAAAGGAAUUUGCUCAGGAUACCACCAUCCCACCUCUGAAGAAGCUAGUGACCACCGCCUCCCCUCAGUAACUCCCUGCCCCUCCCAGUCACUAAACACUGUGCUCCAUCACUUGCCCCACCCCAGCCCACCCCUGCCUUCUUUCUGCAAGAAGCACAGGUGAGAGGGAACACAAGGUCAGUUCCAAGCAGUGAGUCUGUCUCUUCCGACGGCCGAGGUGUCUCUCGAGUCCACUUAUGUAGUGUCAUUGCUUCUUUCUUCCUCCUAAGGUGGGUGGCAGAAUCUAUUAGCAUAGGAGGGUCACCUGUCUGGAGCAGGACAGCAGACAUGAAGAAGUACAGCCAGAACUGUUAUCCAAUCAAUUCUCCGAGGAAGGAAAGCUCAGAAAAUCCAAGCGGUGAGACAGCUCUGAGUGAGGAGGGAGUGAGGAAGUUCAGUGUGAGGCAGGGUGUGAGGAAGCUCUGAGUGUCGGAGGGUAGGAGGGCUGAGUGUGGAAGGCCUGAGGAGUCUUUGAGUGUGGCAGGGUGUGAGGUAACUCUGAGGGAGGGAGCUCGAAGCUAGGGAGUGGCAACUCUAACGAGCGGGCUCUGGGUGAGGAAAGCUGUGGAAGCUGCUAGUGAGGCAGCGGGUGUGGAAAGCCUGAGUGUGGGGAGCCCUGAGUAAGGCUUAAUGUGAUGCAGCUCCGAGCGAGUGGGGAUGUUGCAAGGUUGGUGCAGUAAGGCCGCAGAAAGCACUUGAGAGAGGGCUGUAACGGAUUUCACGGCCGAAGUCUUUCAGCCACUGUGGUGUGAGGAGGCAGAAGAGAUGAGACAUUGAACAGCAUGUCAUGCCUGCUCCACACCCAUGCUAGAACCACGCUAUCUUGAUUACUUGUAGCUUCGUCCUAAGUUUUAAAAUCCCAGCUGGGAUUUUGAUAGGGAUUUUGUUAAAUUUAUGAGGCCAAUUCUAGGAGUUCUGAUACGGACACCUUAGUAGUUUUAAGUCUUCAGAUUCAUGUUCAUGGCAUGUCUCUAUUUUUUUUAGAUCUUUGAGUUCUUUCAGGAUUGUUUUAUAGUUUGUAAAUGUCUUGGACUCGUUAAAUUUAUUCUGUUUUAUCCUUUUUGAUGCUAUUGUGAGUAGAAUUGUUUAAUUCAGGAAGUGCUCUGUUUUGUGGCAUGUGGGGGUAGGGAUAUUUGAAGUGGUUCAUCAUCAAAUAUUCCUGAUUAAUGGAGAAUGAUUAUAUGUGAUGUAUCUAGAGGUUCAAAUGUCAAGGAAUCAGAAUACAGUAAAGUACCAACAGUGACUAAGUCUGAUUGUAAUCAUGGAAUCUUUGAGGAGCCAGAAGGGCAGAAGGGACUUCAGAAUGUUCUAGAGCUUUGGGAUUGGCCUCCUAUGUGCCUCCCACAGCACUCUGCCUUCCUCCAUUAAUGCCCACAUGGUCUGCGUCCCAAUGUGCAGUGUUUUCUCCACACUACACUAUGAGUUCAUGAAGAUAGGGAUCAUGUCUUAAUUCUUUUCUGCAUCCUCCGUGCUGAAUAUUAUACCAAUAUAUGAUGGAUAUUCCAUAUGCCAUGACAUAACCCAUAACAGUUAUAAUGAACAGACUUGAGAGUUUACCUAUGUGUUGCUAUGGGUUCCCGGCAUACCGGUAAUUAUCAUGACCAAGGCUGCCGUGUUUGUACUUCUUGACCCCACCCCUCCCUGACCCAACCAAUUGGACCAAUGCUGAACUGGACCAAUCGAAAGUGGGACACCGGACAGCUGAGUCAGCUAUGUUUGCAGAGAUGAACCCUGGUGAGCGGAAGCCAUGUGCAAGGUUAGGUACAUGCAGCAGCCACGAGGGGGCAGAAGGAAGCCAGUCUGCAGACAGGGACAGAAACCAGCGCCUCAGAUCCAGAGAGAGGGCUGCCUCAGGCCCUGGUGGCUCUCUAUUUUGCAGUUCCAUUUAUUUCAGAGAACUUUCCAAGGCUGCAAACUGGUUGCCCAUCAACCAAACCUGACCUACAGAUGAAUUUUAUUAGACUCACACAUUUAAAAUUUUAAACAAUCCAACACACUAAAAUUAAAAAGAAUUUUUUUGAUCUAGCAGUCAAUAUUUUGGAGAUUUCACAUAAGAAUGCAGAUUCUUGUCUUGAAAAUCAGGUGACCUCAUGGUACAACAAUAUCAGUUGGAGCUGAGUAGCAGCCACUCCCUUUGGACAGGGCCCAUGCCCUGUACUCUGCCACAAUCUUCCUCUCUUCCUGUUGUUCCUUACACUUCCGUUUCCCAUAUUUAUAUCCCCCAGGAAAUUAACUACUGUUCUGAGUCUUAUUUUACAGUUUUACUUCUUAAAGCUGUUGUAUUCCUUGCAACUAUAACAGCCUUCAUGAGAACUAUGUGUCAGGGUUUCUCUUGGCUAUCUCCCAUCCCACCACCAUUGUCUUCCUUCUCUGUACUAACAGAAUCUCAAUUUUGUGUCCGAGAGGCUCUGGGUACCCCUUGAACCAGUGGGAGGUAGGCCCUUCCUUCCCCAACUAGAGGAUGGCUCAUGCUGGGGUGGGCCUGUGACCCAGGUCUGACUAAUGCAAAGCAAUAGUAAAUCUGCAGAACUUCUCUUUCCAGCCAAAACAACAGACUCUUUAGAAAGAAAACCUGUUGUGACUGCUCCUUCCCCAUUCUACCUCUUUGGAAAAAAAAAACUUGAUGCCUGGCACACUGGCAGCCACUUUGCCACCAUGAGGUUUCACACUUAGGGUCAACGGCUGACAUGCAGAGGAGGGUGGAGAGGGAAAGCAAAAAAAAAAAAAAAAGCUGGGUCCCUGAUGACAUUGUUGAGUUGCUGAACUUUCCCUGGAACUGUCUGACUCUGGGCUUGUUGCUAAAUGAACAAUUAAUACUCUAAAGGGUUAAACUACUAUUGGUUGGUUUUGCUCUUACUCACAGCUCAAAGUUAUUCCAGUCCUUUGAUGUUUAUUGUCAUAACCAAGGAAGACUCCAGACAUCAUCCUUCAAGGCUCUAUGUUGCUUACCAUUAUUUAAAAAUAAUGCAUAUCCAUAUUCAAAGUCCA